GGAAUUUUUCCCGCCCAUUUUCUUGCGUUCCAAACCAUGCCUCCAAAGUCCGAUAACUCUGAGGCCAUCGUGUUGAACUUCGUAAAUGAGCAAAACAGGCCAUUAAACGCUCAGAAUGUGGCCGAUGCACUGCAAAAGUUCAACCUCAAGAAGUCAGUCGUACAGAAAGCACUGGAUAGUCUUGCUGAUGGUGGUCGAAUUUCAUUUAAGGAGUAUGGUAAGCAGAAAAUAUACCUUGCCCGGCAAGAUCUAUUCAGUAUUCCAAACAAUGAAGAGCUUAAUAAGAUGAAGGAACAAAAUGCCGAUCUGCAAAAACAGCUAGAAGAACAGAAAAAGGCUAUUAGCGAGGUUGAAGGAGAAAUCAGAACACUGAAAUCAAAUUUAACACUGGAACACAUCCGUGAAAGAGAAGCAAAACUGAGAAGUGAGGUUGAAGAAAUGGAGAACAAACUGGCUAAGUUGCGUGGAGGUGUAACUCUUGUGAAUCCAGAAGAACGCAAGGCAGUUGAGGACAUAUUCUUGGAGAAAUUAAGUCAGUGGAGAAAGCGUAAAAGAAUCUUCAAGGAUUUAUGGGACACCCUGACUGAGAACUCACCUAAGGAUCCCAAAGAAUUCAAGGAAGAGCUCGGAUUAGAAUAUGAUGAAGAUGUCGGUGUGAAUUUGCAGUCAUAUAACGAACUGUUGCAACGUGGUAAGAAGCGGCCAAGGGGGCAGUAAUAUAUAUUCAAGCCAAAAUCCUAUGCUUCCCCUUUCUAACAAAUUAGGGGCAUUAAUUUCUUGGUGUCUUGUCUCACAGAACAUGAUAACAUAUUACACGUAACCUGUAUUGUUUAAUCCAUAUCAAGUUUUAGGUUUAUUGUCUGUCAAUUUCAAGCAUAGCUCACUGGAGCAUUGUCUGUGUCUCAUAAUAUAGUGCAAAAUUAUUGUUUAUAUUUCUCUUCAGACCCCUACAUUAGUCUCAUGUAUAGCAUAUUAUCUGUAGACCGUAGGUGAUAAAGCAUUAUGAAGCAUAAUUUUCAAACUCUAAACCUACUGAUAAAUGUUAAUUGAGUUCCAGG